UCGGCCCCGACUCGGUGCUCUUCGCAACGUUGGGACCCGGCGGGGUGUUUCCAAAUAGCACAAUCAACAAAGCUUGCGUUGUCGUCGCCGCAGCGCCCGCCGACUUGCUGAUUGCGACUCCGCUACGCGUCCAACAAUAUGCGAGGGAUUUCCCUGCAUCACUAAUCUUCGGUUGGAGAAGAGAAGUGGUUAUUUGCGACGUUACCUCGAGAUCGUUCAUUGGCCUUGUUCGCUUCAAAAUGGCAGUACGUGACGACCGUAGGGUCUCACUACCCACCGUGGGCUCGCCGCCCCGCGCGAACCACGGUUUUGGCUUGGAUGCGGACGGCCUAGGAAGCCAGCCGCGCAUGUUCAAGAAGCAUAAAGUUCUCCCACAUCCUCGGAAGGAGGACCUGCGACGGUCAGGCCCGGAGAGAUCUGGCCCCGCGAGCGACAGGCCGUUGCCACAAAACGGAGUCCCGGCCGGUGCGAGCACUCACGGUCGUCAGCGGGUGAGCCAAGUGGCAAGAGGGCCCGAACCGCCGCCGACGCCGCCGGCGCAUUCGCGGACAUCGUCGGCAAGCCAUCCUGCUGACACGGUGGCCGCGGUACACGCCGGCAGCCCUUCGCGCAGCGGGGAGAAUGUCGGAUCGCGCCCUCCAACUACUCCUAUCAACCAGCAGACUCCGCCAACCCCAAAUUUAACGCCUGAUAGGACACCUCCAGGCCCGGCCGCCAGCCAAGUCCCGCGCCGCCCGCCGAUAACCGACCGGAAUUCGUCGAAGCUCACGACAGAUUCGGCGGCCGAGUCGUUCAGAACCGCGCCGGAGAACCCCUAUUCAUCCGAUGACGAUGAUGGGAGGUCUACGGUGCGGCCGGCAUUGCCGUCGGCCAACACAUUGCGGAGUACCGUUCGUCAAGUCAACGGAGAAGCAAGGGGUAAAUCUCUGCCUGUAGGUCUAGGUUUAGGACUAGGGCUAGAUCCAAGCCCCAAGGACCAUGCGACGACGAGGACAGUACCGGAGUUCGAUAAGUUUGACGGAGAAUGGGGGAGACGCGAGGCAGGAGUCAACGGGCUGGAUGAGGAGUGGAACUACGAUCUCAUGAGGAAUGUAACCAUCAGAAAACAACGACCAGGUCGCCCAACGAGGUUCCGCAGAGAAGAAAUCAUUGACAACACAACGGUGGAACCAACCAACGCCACCAAAGCACUCCGUUCCACGACCCUACCGGAGAUCCCAGUCCGUCAUCCUGCCCGCAGGGCCGUUUCUGAGAAGUUAGCGACCCAGGCUGCGCCUUCGAACUCUGAGUCAUCCAGCAGCAUCGACGUCAAGCGGUCCUCGGUCAUAUCGACAAGGUCGACUGCCUCGACGGUCGUGGAAGCCGUCCUCGUGGACACAGCACCCCAUCGACAGAAGACGUUGCGGCAUGUGAGGAAGCAUAGCGCUCUGCGGGAUUCAAGUUCAGAAAUAUCCCCAUCGAGUUCUGCCGUAACGUCCGUCUCACCAGCCGUCGAUGGUCAGCGAGAAGGUCACUCAGCAUCGGUCGCGAAGGCGGGUGAAGCUGUGCGUGACACCGCGCGCGACAGCCACGCUUCGACUGCUACGUUCAACUCGAUCUCCAGUCGCAAAGCCCGCCGCGAAGUGUGGAAGCAUGGCGGGGUGCCGGUUGUCGUGAUUCCUGACCGCCGGUCGUCCGUCAAGUCUAGUAAGUCACCGUCGCUGCGGUCAACGAGUAGUCGAAGGUCUCAGAGUCUCAGUUCCGUUCCGGCCUCACUGCCAUCAAAGAGCAGGGAGCAUGUCCCUCACUUCGACAGGCCGACGCGUCGCAGCAGGGCCUUUUCCGAAUCUGACGGGUCUCAACGUGGCGAUGAGCGGACGAUGGACUUUCCUCCGGUGAUCCCUGCUCGAUCGUCGUCCCUAUCGGCGCCUACUAGCAGAAACGCGUCGAGGACCGGUUCACUGACGGCGGAGAGCUUGAGAGCCCACAAUAUGCUGCACGCGCAGCAAGCGCAUCAAGCUUUGCAGAAGGCCAGUCGAGAGCUCGACAAACUCUGUAAUCGCGCUCAGCCGCCUACGGACGCGGACGUGUCGCACGGUCAAAGUGGAGCAGACCACUCAUCCACAACCGUUGCAGUUGAGGGAAUGCAGCCUGCGGUGCUGGUACGGCGUGCCACAGAACGCGAGCGUGACCCAGCCGCGCCGUCUGACCGUGAGCGUGAGGAGCAAGGCGGCCUCGGGGUCGAUCGAGAUGGGGACCCCUUCUUCGGGAAGAGGCUGUCCGUGCAGAACACACCUUUCUCGGUUGCGUCGGUGGAAACGGCUGGGACGUCACAUGCCGAGGUCUCCGAGGCCAUGGCCGUCAACAUCUAUCCGCACCAGAGCAAAUCCGUCGUCGUCGUCAACAAUCUCGCCAAGCCGUCAGAGAGCGCUUCCCUGGAGCAGCCUAAGCCAUCCACUCCCGACAUUCCGGUAGUCAAAGCAACCGGCGUAUACGGCGGGGCUCCUGCCACACCCCCUCAGCAGUUCUCCGUGGAUGACGUUGACUCUCCGCUCAGGAACCCAAGGGCGCCUCCACAACCUCCUCAACCCCCGGCCAUCAAUUUCAUUCCCGCUACGCCGUCAGGUCUUACGCCGGCAAUCGAGAAACAAAAGCAGCUGGGUAAUUACUAUGAGAUGACCGAGAGGAAGCCAAAACGCAGCCUGUCGCUUCUUAGGCAGGCCUUGACUCGCCGGACAACGUCGCAUUACGGGCCGUCUCCUGCUCGGCCUGUCGGGCUGCUCACCCGGACGUUUUCUCUGUCAAGGAAUGUCAGGAGUCGAGAUGACGAGCGGCCCAGACUGAAGAGGCCCUCCACCGCAGACGAUGUGCCCGCGGACGAGUCACGACUUCACCCCUGGUGGAGGCCCACGUACGCGGACGACGACGAGAGCUCCGAGGGCAGUUAUGAUGACGAAGACGAGGACCCAGAGGAGCGGACCUAUCGGUAUCCGCCUAUCGACAACCGCCCAUCUGCACCCCACCGUAGCUUGAGUGCUCGCAUCAAGCGGACCUUUGCCAUCUUGCCGCUCCGAGACGACCGCUAUGACGAAUACUACCCUGCAACAGCGGAAGAUUCGCCAGAUCGGCGAACCAUCCGCCGCACGCCCAGCGGUAACCUGCGGGUGAUGAAGUUCCGGCGCAGCAUGGAAUCCCUGACUCGGCUGCCGCUGGAGGACGGACGGCCGUACACCUCGCUUGCGCAAGAACAGCAGAGCGGCCACACCGAGCGGCCAUAUACCCGGCUGUGGCGAUCUCUUAGCCUAAAGGCGAGGAUGGGCCGCGGUCCCGGCCCCGCUCCCGGUCCCUCCGAACCAGGCAAGCAAGGAACCGGGUUUCUGCCGACCCUGGGCGACCGGAUCAAUUUCCCCCGCCGGCUGAGUGAGCGGCGGAGGGAGAAGCGCACGCAGGAGCUGCGCAGGAUGAUCAGUGGACCAAAGGAGGUCCGGGAUGGCGUGGGCGAUGUGAUCAAGCGGAAUAGCUCGCGCGACCGGGACGCACUAUAUGUGCAGCAGCAGCAGCAGGAACAGCGGCGGCGGGGUUGAGCUGGUGGC